AGUGUACACAACUAGAACACGACUGAACCAGUCACUUGGGCGGAGCAAUGCCGAUCGUGUUGUCGUCGAGAAGGCUCGCCGUCCCCGCGUCGCUGCUGCUGAUGGUGGUGGCAGUGGCCUCGGCAGCUGCGGCGGGCGUGGCGACGAAGACGAACGACCACGAGCCCACGGAGGCGGGCAACAAGGAGGGGGAGUCGGGGACGGACUGGGUCAAGGACGAGAUCUCCGAGGGGCUCGGCCUCAAGCACCACGUCGACGUCGACGAGGAGGCGGCCGCGCGCAAGGCCGGCCAGACCGUCAAGUCAGCGCGCGAGUCCGCCCAGCACACCGCCUCCGAGGUAGGGAAGAAGGCCGGGGACGCGAAGGAGGCGGCGGAGGAUGCCGCGGAGGGCGCGUCCAACAAGGCGGGCCAAGAAAAGGAUAAGGCGAAGGAGACGGUGAAGGGCGCGGCCGGCGAGGCAUCCAAUAAGGCGGGGUACGCCAAGCAGAAGACCAAGGAGGCGGCCGAGGCGCACGAGCGGUCGAAGCAGGGCAAGACUAAGGUCGAGGAGAAGGCUGGCCAGGGGUUCGAGAACGCCAAGGAGAAGGCCGGCAAGACCCAGGAGACUCUGCGGCAGACCACGGACGCGGCGGCGGAGAAGGCCGGCAAGGAGAAGGACGCAGCGUGCGAGAAGAUAGCUACGGCGAAGGGCGCCGCUGCCGAUAAGGCGGGCGCCACAAAGGACGCGGCGUGGGAGCAGGCGGAGGCGGCCGGAAAGAAGGCGCAGCAGUCGAAGGAGGCGGCCAAGGGGAAGGCCGCGGAGAAGGCGGCGUCGGCGAAGGACGGCGCGUGGGAGACGGCGGAGGCGGCCAAGGAGAAAGCCAACGAAGGAUACGAGAAGGUGAAGAACAAGGUGUGGGAGACGGCCGACAUGGCCAAGGAGAGGCUCGAGGAGGUGAAGGACAGGGUGACCGGCGCCGACGGCGAUGGCAAGGAAAAGCACAGGAGGGCGGACGUCGACGGCACGGGCAAGCACCGGACGGUCGACGAGCUGUGAGCUGCGAGCCGGCGUUA